AUGAAAGACACUUACUUUGUCGGGGUUGAUGUUGGAUCAGGCAGUGUCAGGGCAGCUCUUGUUGAUCAAAAUGGGCAUGUAUUGCAAACAUCAGUAAAGGAUCUUAAAAUAUGGAAACCAGAAGUCAAUUUUUAUGAACAAUCAUCAAAUGACAUUUGGUUUUCCUGUGAAGAUGUCAUAAAGAAAGUCAUAACAAAUGUUAGACCAGAACAUAUCAAAGGUAUUGGCUUUGAUGCUACAUGUUCUCUAGUAGCAUUAGAUAAAAAUGGAAAUCCGUUAGCAGUAAGCAAUUCAAACAACAAUGAACAAAAUGUGAUCAUGUGGAUGGAUCAUAGAGCUGAAUCGGAGGCAGAGUUCAUUAAUAAAAGUGGUCAUGAGAUCCUCAAAUAUGUUGGUGGAAAAAAAAUAGGUAGUAAAGUUCUAAUGCCAGGCGAGAGGUGUGGAGGGUUGAAGAGUGAUAUUGCCAACUCCCUUGGUCUUCUUCCUGGCACUCCAGUAGCCACAUCCAUCAUAGACGCACAUGCUGGUGGUUUAGGAAUGAUCGGCACUUAUGGUGCAGGCAUUGACAAAACAAUGUCUACCAGGCUUAGCCUGAUAUGUGGCACAUCUACAUGUCAUAUGGCAGUUAACAAUAACCCUAUUUUAGUUGAGGGUAUAUGGGGUCCAUAUUUUAGUGCAAUGGUGCCCCACAUGUGGUUGAAUGAGGCAGGCCAGAGCGCCUCUGGAAUGUUGUUGGACUAUGUUACUUCCAGUCACCCCGCUGGUAUUCAGCUGCUGAAGAAAUAUACUACCGGGGAGUUGCGUAAAUAUCUAAGGGAAUUACUUCAAAAAAUGGCCAAACAGCAGAAACUGAGCGAUGUUAGCUACCUGACGAAGGACUUUCACAUUUGGCCCGACUAUCAUGGCAACCGCUCUCCCCUCGCCGAUCCCAGUAUGAAAGGGAUGAUAUGCGGUUUGACGAUCGACGACAGCGAGGAAAACUUGGCGCUGCUGUAUUUAGCAACCCUACAGGGAUUAUCGUACGGUACCCGACACAUAAUCGAUGCAUUGCUACUAGCAGGAUAUGAACCGUUUAAAUCACUGCUCAUUUGCGGCGGCUUAUCGAAGGAUCCUUUAUAUGUACAAAUACAGGCGGACGCAACCGGGCUGCCCAUUCUCAAGCCUCGCGAACCGGAAUCUGUUUUACUUGGCUCAGCUAUCUUAGCAGCAUGUGCGUCUCAAUACUUCAAUAAUGUCCAAGCCGCCGUCGAAAAGAUGGGCGGUUCCGCUGACGUGGUGGGACCGAAUUUCAGGAUGUCGAAGCGCUCAGCAGAUGAUGGUGGCAAUGGCAGUAAUCCGCCACCGAUCAAAAAGGUUCACUUUGAACCUCAUCUCAUUGGGCCAGUUUCCACCCUUGAAGAAAUGGACAUUAAAGUCCUCCAAUUUCAAAAUAAAAAGUUAGCCCAGAGAAUAGAGCAGAGGCACCGAUGUGAAGCAGAAUUGAGGGCUAGGAUUGAGCAAUUGGAAAAACGUCAAACACAGGAUGAUGCUGUGCUAUGUGUUGUCAACCGCUACUGGAAUUUACUGAAUGAAGACAUUAGAGUAUUACUGCAGCGUUUUGAUGCUGAAACUGCUGAUGAAUCUGAAAAUAAGAAUGAGAAUGAAGCGACAACUUCAUUCUUAAUGCAGUUGUCGACAUGGGACAAGGAGGAGUUGGAUGCUCAGUUAGCAAAUAGAGUGCAAGUAAGCAAAAGAGCAGUGGCCAAGGUUUUGCAAGCUUUUGAUCGCUUGCAACAAAGAAAUGAUAAGAUUUGGAGAGCAAUCAAAGGGGAAGGAGAAGAAGGUGCACCAGCGUCAUCAUUAGAUGAAGUAAUCCGUGCAACUAAUGAAGAGGUCACUGCAGAAAACCGUCGCCUACAAGCCUUAUGCACAACAUUGCAUGAAAGCCACCAUGCAAUGACACUCCGGGUGGCACAACUUCAAGACGCUGUUAACAGCAGGGAUACAGAAAACGCCGAGUUAAAGAAUCAAAUUGACGAUUUACAGUAUGAGCUCAUGAAGGUUAGAUCGAGAAAUGACAAAUUAGAAAAUCAUCUAGCUGAGGCAAUUGAGAAACUGAAGAGCUACCACCAAUCGGGGGCCAGUGCCAGUGGUGCCAACAGUGGUACAGGUUCUGCUGGCGCAACUCCCCUUUCGGCAGCCGCAGCCGCUAAGCUGGAAGACGUGGCAGCAGAAUUAGAGGAGCAACGCGAGUUGGCCAACAACCGCCUAGCUGAACUCGACCGCUUGCACCGACAACAUAGAGACACAUUGAAGGAAGUCGAAAAACUUAAGAUGGAUAUACGUCAGUUGCCAGAAUCAGUUAUUGUAGAGACAACAGAAUACAAAUGUCUGCAAAGCCAGUUCUCAGUUCUCUAUAAUGAGUCAAUGCAGAUGAAAACUGCACUUGAUGAAACACGUCUCCAACUGCAGAAUGCCAAGAAUCUUCAUAUGAGGCAAAUUGAAAUGAUGGAGAGCGAAGAAUUAGCCAGGCAGAAAGCCUUGCGAGCUGAAAUGAUACAGUUAGAAGAUGUAUUAGGUCAAUUGCGGAAAGAGUAUGAGAUGCUGAGGAUAGAAUUCGAGCAGAACUUGGCAGCCAAUGAACAGACGGGCCCAAUCAAUAGAGAAAUGCGACAUUUAAUAACAUCGUUGCAGAAUCACAACCAACAGUUGAAGGGCGAAGUAUCCAGGUACAAAAGGAAAUAUAAGGACACCAGCCAGGAAUUGAAUAAGCUACGUAAAGAGACAGAGGAGGCGGCGGCACGUGGCGGCACCACGGCCAGUGGGGAGCAGCCCGACGAGAAACCGCCCCCGAUUAAAAAAGAGGAGCCUGACCCCGAUGGCGAGGAGGGUGGCAGCAUGGGUGACAAGCCAGCCGGCAAGGAGCACGCGCGAGGAAAACUGCACGAGCAAGACCAGAUCAUCAAGGAGUUGAAGCAGCAGCUCAAGAAAGCGGUUAACGAGCAGAAAGAAUUGAAAUUAUUACUCGACAUGUACAAGGGCGUUGGCAAAGAGCAGCGUGACAAAGUGCAACUAAUGGCUGCCGAGAGAAAGGCGCGACAGGAGCUAGAAGAUCACCGGCAGAAAGCUAAAAUGGCACAGGAGAGCAAGCGAGAACGGCGGCUGGCGGAUGAAGAUGCCCUACGGAAGAUUAAGCAGCUUGAAGAACAAAAGUACGAGCUGCAGAAGCAACUGUCGUGUGCUCGUCCCAACUCGGAUCCUCUGCACGCCUCCCCCCCCCCCCCCCCCCCCCCCGGCCCCCCCCCCCCCCCCCCCCCCCCCCCCCCCCCCCGCUCCAGACCCUUCGCUGGGUCUCAGGAGGAGGAGGCGCUUUUAAACGAGAUGGAAGUUACGGGGCAAGCGUUUGAAGACAUGCAGGAACAAAAUUCGCGGCUGAUCCAGCAACUGCGAGAGAAGGAUGAUGCCAAUUUCAAGUUGAUGUCGGAGCGAAUUAAAGCGAACUCCCUGCACAAACUGCUGCGUGAAGAGAAACAAUUGCUGCAAGAACAGGUGGUGACGAGGGAUCAGCAGAUUGAAUCAAUGGGUGCGGUUGCCCGUCGGUUAGAGGAGAAAGAGAGAUUGCUUCAGGCGACGCUCUCGGCCGUAGAGAAGGAACUUCUAUUACGGCAACAGGCUAUGGAGAUGCACAAGCGAAAGGCGAUCGAGUCAGCACAGUCCGCAGCUGACCUCAAGCUGCAUUUAGAAAAAUACCAUGCCCAAAUGAAAGAAGCGCAGCAAGUCGUCGCGGAGAAGACCAGUGCAUUAGAAGCGGAAGCAUACAAAACAAAAAGAUUACAUGAGGAGCUUGCCAUCCUGAGGCGUAAGGCUGAAAGGAUGAAGAAGAUGGAACAGGCGGGCAGCAGUAUGGAUGAAGUGUUACUGGAAGAAAUUCGAGAAUACAAAGAAACCCUUACGUGUCCGUCAUGCAAGGUAAAACGUAAAGACGCCGUCUUAACGAAAUGUUUCCAUGUGUUCUGCUGGGACUGUUUGCGGACUCGCUACGAGACGCGCCAAAGGAAGUGUCCGAAAUGCAACGCUGCCUUCGGGGCCAACGACUACCACCGACUCUACCUCUCCACA